GCCAAUCAAUUCAUGUUCUAAGAAAUCGUUUGCUUUUUAUGUUAUCGAUCAGAAGAGGAGGGCGGCGAAGGACAACAACAGCAGAAAAGAGUUCUAUCAACAAGUCACCAAGGGAACCACUGGACCAAACAAAAGCACGUGAUUCCUUCAAUGCAGUCAAGAAUGUUUUUAAGUAGUCGAAGAGAGGCAGAGAGAAUGCACCGGAAAGAAAUGUUAAAAAGACAAUGAGUCAACUACGGGACAUAAUGGCCUUUUCUAGACGCCGACCUCCAGGGAAGAAGGCAAAUCUAAUGAAUCAUCGGCGGCGCUAUGAGAACAAGUGAUGCUCGCUCGACUCAACUCAACGCCGGAGAUCUCAUUGUUGCCCACGGGUCUGGGGAAUCACUAUACUUCCAGUAGUCGACACCUCAUACCCCCUGGGAGACGGAGAUUUCCUUAUAACAACAACAACUCCGAUUUUAAUGGAGAUCCAAACGCACCUGAAGCAAACAUGAGCUUCCGUGAGCAGCAAGAAUAUUUUGGUCCCGAUGUGUUGGUCAUCAUUGGAUUGGUAUUGGCCUGCUUGGGUGCCAUUCUCACCCUUAUCAGUUUCUACUGUCACUUCAAACAUCCCGCCAUUCAAGCCACAAUGGCGGGCAUCGGACCAUCCCUGGUUGGCAUAGGUCUUCUAUUCUGUGUCCUCAGAUUGUUCUUUUGUACAUUUUUCAUCAGCAGGACAUGUUGCGAGUGCAUCGGGGAUGGACUCAGGUAUCUCAUUCUGCGUUGUCCAAUCUGCAAGUGUUGUCGAAAAAAGAAAAAAGUACACCCACUCCAGGUGAAGGACAUCAAGCCCAUCCUCAACGGGUCUGUGAGCAAGCAAAAUGGCGGCUUCAGAGAACGCCCAUCCGCCAUCGAAAUGCUUCCACCUCAUCAUCGAAUAAUGGAGCCCAUCCACGAAUCCGAGGAACAGACGACGAAAAAGAUUUUUGCAAGUGAUUCGAAACUUCAUUCGGAUGAUGAUCCACCCAAAGAGGAGGAGGAUAUCCUCAAAGAUGAGAUAGAUCUUUUAGAGUCCAGUUCACCACAUUCCGAAAACAGUCUUCAUAAGAAUAUAAAUGAGCUCGUGUUAAACUCACGUUAUUAAACAUGAAAAUAAAAUAUCAUCCAUCUCCUAACACAAAGUCUCUUCUUCUGGUAAGAUCUUUCCUAUAGUAUUAGAAUUCGGUAGAUGUAGUCGCAAAUAUCCAAAUGAAUCCACUUUUGUACUACUUGUAAAUAAAUAAAGCAAAGAAACUAAAGCAGAAAUAAUAAAAUUAUACAGAAA